GCCGCCGCCGCCCGCCGUUUUGUAUAUGUUUACACUUUGCUCUUGGUGCACGUCCGUUCGUCCGUGAUUCCUGCUGAUCCCGCGUCUCUCACGUAUACACAUACGAGGAAUCCUGCAGCAGCCGCCCUCGCUACGUCGGCCCAUAGGUAUCGUAUUGAUUUUUCUAAUUACCGUAUUAAAAUUGAUAAUUAUAAAAAAAAAAAAUAUAAAUAAAUACAAAUCGCAGUCCGCCGAUUUCUAUUGUCCGGGCGCCGGCGACGCGUCGCGUAACGUCGCGUAGUCGCCCGACGCAUUGUGUCGCGAUUUUUUUCCCCCGUCUCGCGCGUUCCGAAAAUGGCGUUCGUACGAGAGCGUCCCGGCAUCGUUGCGGCCGAAAAAUAUUUUUCCGCGAACGCGUUAAAUCGCACGGUCGCGUAUUAUUGUAAUUCCUGUUUUAUUGUGGCGCGGCGGCGUCGGACGUCAUCGGCUUUAACGCGCGCGCGCGCGCCCGCGCGCACACACGCACACGGCCCGGGCGCCGGGUCCGCGAGUGAAAUUGCCCGCGCGCGCGCACUUUUGACUCGGUUGUAAGCAAUAAGUAAUUGUUAUUUGUUUUUCGUUAUUAUUAUUAUUAUUAUUUUUUUUUUCUCUCGCUAAUGGCGCUCAAACCGAUGUCGUACCGCCGGUCGCGGGUCGCCGACGGAAUUUCGUCGUUUUAUCUGGCGCGUUUUUACCCGUUUUCUGCGUUUUUCCCCGCAGACACCGCCGACAAAAUGGCCGCGCGCCCAUUUUUUUUUUUUUUUUUUUUUGUCUCCAAAUUUUCCCCGGUUCUUGUCGGGCGAUCGCCGUCGUUUGCCCCGUUUGAUUUUCCUCGGAUAUUUGUACGGCCCGUGCAUUUUUUUUUUUCUCUUCUGAUCCGUUCUCCGGUCACUUACCGCCCGUUACAACGAUAUUGAAUAAUAACAGCAGCCCGGCGACGGGACGGACUGCGAACGCGCUUUACGACGCGACCAAAUCGGCAAACGAUAAUCUAUCGUAAUAAACGGCCGUCGUCUCCGGGUUAUAAUACGCGUCGGUGAAAAUCGGGCCGAAACGGUGGGGUUGAUCGCGACCGAUCAUCAAAUCGUUUGUCGAUAACUUCGUUUCGCCCUCGCAGCACCCCCUCCCCCCACACCAUACCGCCCGGGAUAACGUUACGAAAACUAUUACGUUCGGUAGGUACCGAUUUGUCGGCCGGGUUUGUUUGGUUUUCGUUCCUCCUCCUACACCCCCCCCCCCCCCGCCCCCGGGCGUUUAGCUAGCCCGCCGAACUCCGCGUUUAACAGUCGGGCCGCCCGCCGCCGGUCCGUUUUCUGGAGGUAACGCGUCCGCGCGCGCCGCGCUUUUCGGUUUUACCACUCGUACCUACAACAACGCGUCGCGGCGUAUUGAUUUUUCCAAGGCGGAAUGUUAAAAUUUCCUAUACAGUAGGCUGGUGACAUUAUCGCGCGCGUAUGUGGCGUGUCUAGUUUCGCGUGCGAUCAUCUGGCGACAGUCGCGAAGGUUUUUUUUUUUUUUAUAUAUUACUGUUUGUGUACCCACUGUCGCCGCGCGAACGAUUGCCCAUCGCCGUGUGAUGGGAUAGUAUCGCGUGUCCGGGCUGCGGGUUUUAGUUCUAUCGCGGGCGUUGCGGACGACGUCGUUUGCCAUACUAUUCGCUGUCGUGACAGCGGGAAAUUGGCGACGGACCAACGAUCGCGUCUAGAAUAACGGCGCGGGGGGACAGGUAGGUGCCCGUAAUGACAGCGACAGUGAAACCGACUAUCGCGUUCUCGUACUAUCGUCGCGCGGCCGCGGUUGUUCCCCCAUCCGCCGCGUAAACAAAGUUCGUGUUCCGUCGCGCUCCCUCCCGGGGGUUUGUUUUUGUUUUUUUUUUUUUUUCCCACACCGACCGCGCAACAAAGGCUUUCGCGCCGCCCGCGUCCGGGGACCGUGUCAGUAGUGUCGACGGCAUGAAGUUUUGUUAUUGUGUAACUGGGUCAUUUUUUUUUUCUCCCCCCGACGUUUGAAUUCAUUCGAAACCCGUAUUUGCGUUUGUUUUUUUUAUUUUUCUUCCCUACAUUCUCGGCGGAUUAAGCGCGCGAAUAUUAAAUAAAACGACGUCGAUGCGUCGUGUAACGCGACAAUAUUGCAUUUUAACGACCCGAAUUCAUAUCGUUUUGUUUUGUUGACCCGUCCCCAGCAGUUCUAAAAUGUGGCCGCCCACCGUUGUUUUGGUUUGUUCCGAGGUCCGCCCUACUUUUUUUUUUUUUUGAUUUUCGAACCGCAACCUACACCAUGCACCACAAAUAUAACGCGUAAAUUAUGUUUACAUGUAACUCGCAGUAGGCACCGUUUCUUGUGGUUGUAUUUUCUACGAAUACUACUCGUCCCGUACGAAAUUCGGUCGCCCGACCUGUACCCCGGGUCCGGCGCCGCUGAUCGAGGCUCUGUUUUUUUUGGGACAUUGCCGGUUUGAAUACAUUUCGGGUUUGUCGUUUAUUUUUUUAUUUUUUUUUUUUUUUAUAUAUAUAUACCGCUAUUAUAAGUUUCGGCAGGCGGAAAGUGGUGCAGCACUGUUCAAACGCCGCGAGCCGCGCGCCCCGCCACCGCACCAACGACGUUUCACCACUGCCACCCUAAUAAAAAAAAAAUACCGAGACGUAUUUAAACUUGGGCUCUCGGUUUGGUACGUGUAUUGAUGGUACGCACAGUGUACACGUAUUCCGUACCUCGAAUAGUUUUUUUUUUUUUCUGAAGUUUGUGUAUUUCAGGUCCGGCAACCUUUAUAAAAUUGAAUUUGAAAUCCUAUCCGACGGGAAAACUUGCUUUUUGUGAACGUCGAAGCGUAAAACUGUGUUAAAUACAAUAGAAAUUAUAAUCGUUAUUAUUGCACAGAUUACAUAACAAAUUAUCAGAAAUCACGAGAAAACAAACAACUAUUAUCGCGACAGGAAACAAUAAUAAUAGUACCUUGCGUUUUUCAAUCCCGGUGAUUUCGGUUAUUAUUAUUUACACCAUCCCAGGCGCAGCGAUGUCGUGUAAACAAAAGGCGCGAUGGUAAACAAUACGUUUCGAGAGGCCUGAGGUUCGCGAGUUUACGAACACCGCGUGUGUAAUAUUGUCAUUUUUUUUCCGACCCGCCAAAUCCGUCGCGAAUUUUUCCCGAAACGUUUUCGCGUAUUCAAAAAAAAAUGCUCGCGUAGUACCGAUCUAGACACCAGUCCGCCCCGUUAUCGUCAUUUUUUUUUUUUUUUUUUACAACCAUCCAGGAUGUUCGUUUUUUCUUUCUUAAUUAUGGCGGUGGUGUGUAUCCGAUCGUCAAACGAAUAUACUAUCGAAAACGCGUGCCGACUUGCCAAAAUCACCUAGUGUCCAUAGACCCCGAGCCGUACUGAGUGGCCUUGUCUAAGCGAAAUAUUGUUGCAGUGCCACGGUUACCGCCAUUUCAUUCUACGGUGUACCAACAAUAUGCGCUAUUCCGUUACAAUAAGGUCUAAUAGUCUAUUAUAUUAUCAUCAUUGGUAAUUUUAUGUCACUAUUUAUGUUUAUUACAUUAUUUAUUGUGGCACUUAUACAGGUGUAUAUAUAUAUAAUUAUACCUGUUAUAUAGUUUUUUGUAAUAGAGAUAAUUUUGAUGGGGGUUAUUUUAAAUCUAAUUAUAUUGUAGGGAUAAAUAUAAAUUUAAAACGUUUAUGUUAUCGUAAUAGGUAUGUGUAUUAUACUUGUGUUUAAUGCCGACAACAGCCUGAUUAGUUGUUAAAAUUUGUAUUAAUAAAAAAUAAAAUGUAUUUAUUGUGUACGUAUUUUUGUUUUCAGAUAAGACGGUCGUUUUUAUUGAUAAGACAUAAAACAUUUCCCAAAUGUCUGACGACGGAGUUGUAGCCGAAAAGAGGGGCCGUGGAAGAGCUGCUUCCAAACCAGUGGAUGUAAGUUUUAUCGAGAAUGUUACGAGUUUCUUGCUGUAGGUUUAAGAUAGUUUGUAUAUCAAACCUUAUUAUUAUGUAUUAUAGACAAUCGAUAAAGAUGCAAAAGAAAUCAAAAAACGUGGCAGACCAGCAGCAGCAGCAGCAGGAAAAGCUGCACCGGUUGAAAAAAAAGUUGAAAAGGAAGGUGAAAAUGGUGAACCAGUUGCCAAAAGAGGCCGUGGAAGACCAAAAAAAAACCCCAGCAAACUGAAGCCUAAAGUAAGUGAAAGUAUAUAAAUAAAGCACAUGGGAUGUGCUGGUGUAUUUUUGAAUUAUUAUAAUAUGUUUUUUUUUUUAUUAAUUUAACACUGUUAUUAUAGAUUGUAUCAACAGGAAAAGGACGAGGUAGGCCAGCUAAAAAAGUGGAAAAAGACGAAUCACCCGAGGAGAAUGAUGACGAUGACGAUGAAGUAGAAGACGACGAAGACUAAAUGUUGUCUAAUCGUGUCUCAUAAUAAAUAUUUUGCCAUUCAUUUUUACUCUUUCUAAAUAAUAAUCAAGAAUAAUGAUUAUUAUUUUAAUUUAUUAAUAUUUAAUUAUUACAGAACAAUUUUAAUAUAUUAUGUAGGUUUAGGUUUGGUUUAUACUAUAUUUUUUUCCAAUAUAAUGGAAACAAAGUAACUCAUUGGAAAACCAAUUGAUUUUUAAAUUUAAACAAAAAACAAAAUUAUUUAAUUUUAUCUUAAGGAUGGAAUCCAUCUUUUAUUUCAUUUAUCAUUAAGUUUCCAUUUUAUUUGUAAGUUGUCCACCUAUCCUGUAAUUAUUUUGAAAUUAUUAUCUAAUUAAAAUCAAUAAAUUUAUACUUUACAAUUUUUUUAAUAUGUUUGUGCACAUUUAGUUUGUCAUGUAUUUACAUUAACCAAUUAAUGUGUUUCCUUACGAAGUAAUAACAACAAAAUCUUGUAAAAGUUAAAUGGAUAAAUCAUAUUAAUUUGUACUUACAUUUUUGACAACUAUUGUACCUGAUGAUUUAUGAAUACGACAAGUAUUUCAGAAUAUUAUACUUAAUUAAAUGAAAUUAAUUUAUAUGAAUACUAUCAUAUUAAUGAAAACAAAAUGUUGGUGUAAAAUGUGUUUUUCACCAUUUUUUCCUCUUUAUAUAAUAAACUAUUAAUAUAUAGUAAUUCGGUGUUGCUUAAUUUGAUUUGCUAUUUUAGAUGUUAGAUGAGUAUAUUACUUUGAUUUUAUAAAAGUAAUAAGUGAA